GGCGCGGAGUCUCGCAGCGAGCGGAGCCGCCCGUCCGCGCACCCGGCGCAGCCAGAGCCUCCGGCGCCGCGCGGCCAUGGAGCCGAGCAGCAAGAAGCUGACGGGCCGCCUCUUGUUGGCCGUGGGAGGGGCAGUACUUGGCUCCCUGCAGUUUGGCUACAACACCGGGGUUAUCAAUGCCCCCCAGAAGGUGAUCGAGGAGUUCUACAACCAGACAUGGAUCCACCGCUACGAGGAGAGCAUCUCGCCCACCACGCUCACCACGCUCUGGUCGCUGUCCGUGGCCAUCUUCUCUGUCGGCGGCAUGAUCGGCUCUUUCUCUGUGGGCCUCUUUGUCAACCGCUUUGGCCGACGAAACUCCAUGCUGAUGAUGAACUUGCUGGCCUUCAUAUCCGCGGUGCUUAUGGGCUUCUCCAAGCUGGGCAAGUCCUUUGAGAUGCUGAUCCUGGGCCGCUUCAUCAUCGGCGUGUACUGUGGCCUCACGACGGGCUUUGUGCCCAUGUAUGUGGGGGAGGUGUCCCCCACGGCCCUCCGAGGGGCCCUGGGCACCCUGCACCAGCUGGGCAUUGUCGUCGGCAUCCUCAUUGCCCAGGUGUUCGGGCUGGACUCCAUCAUGGGCAACGAGGAACUGUGGCCGCUGCUGCUCAGCGUCAUCUUCAUCCCGGCCCUGCUGCAGUGCAUCCUGCUGCCCUUCUGCCCCGAGAGCCCCCGCUUCCUGCUCAUCAACCGCAACGAGGAGAACCGCGCCAAGAGCGUGCUGAAGAAGCUGCGCGGGACGGCGGACGUCACCCAGGACCUGCAGGAGAUGAAGGAGGAGAGUCGGCAGAUGAUGCGGGAGAAGAAGGUCACCAUCCUAGAGCUGUUCCGCUCGGCCGCCUACCGCCAGCCCAUCCUCAUCGCCAUGGUGCUGCAGCUGUCCCAACAGCUGUCCGGUAUCAACGCGGUGUUCUAUUACUCCACAAGCAUCUUCGAGAAGGCAGGAGUGGAGCAGCCGGUGUAUGCCACCAUCGGCUCCGGCGUGGUCAACACCGCCUUCACCGUCGUGUCGCUGUUUGUAGUGGAACGGGCCGGCCGGCGGACCCUGCACCUCAUCGGCCUGGCUGGCAUGGCGGGCUGUGCUGUGCUCAUGACCAUCGCGCUGGCUCUGCUGGAGCAGUUGCCCUGGAUGUCCUAUGUGAGCAUCGUGGCCAUCUUUGGCUUCGUGGCCUUCUUUGAAGUGGGUCCUGGCCCCAUCCCGUGGUUCAUCGUGGCCGAGCUCUUCAGCCAGGGCCCUCGCCCAGCUGCCAUUGCUGUGGCCGGCUUCUCCAACUGGACCUCAAAUUUCAUCGUGGGCAUGUGCUUCCAGUAUGUCGAGCAACUUUGUGGUCCAUACGUCUUCAUCAUCUUCACCGUGCUCCUGGUUCUGUUCUUCAUCUUCACCUACUUCAAAGUUCCUGAGACUAAAGGCCGGACCUUCGACGAGAUUGCUUCCGGCUUCCGGCAGGGUGGAGCCAACCCAAGCGACAAGACACCGGAGGAGCUGUUCCACCCCCUGGGGGCCGAUUCCCAAGUGUGAGCUGCCCCCACCAGCAGCCCCGGCCUGCCCCCCGUAGCCUCCUUGGAGCACAGGCAGCCGAGGAGACUUCCAAGCUAGACUGAUCUCAGCGGAGCCGGGCCUGGGGCUCCUCUCAGCCAGCAAUGAUUCCCAGAGGAAUAUUCGGGACUUUAACAGCUCCAGGAUUUUAACAAAAGCAAGACUGUUGCACAUAUCUUAUUUAGACAAGCAACAGGUUUUAUAAUUUUUUUUAUUACUGAUUUUAUUAUUAUUUUUUUAUCAGCCAGAGUUUCCUGUACCCACACCUCUGGCUUCACCCUGAGUGGCUCAGUACCUAAGGGUGGAGCCCAAGCCCUGCCUAGACACUUGCCUCCUGCUAAUCUUAUAGGGCUGGACCUGUGACCAAGGACACACUAAUCGAACUCCAAACUAUGAGGCUGCUGCCCUCAUAGCCUUCACCUUCUCCGAGGUAGCUGCGGCCACUCCCUUCUCGGGUCUGCAUCCCCUCCUAGGAGUCGGGCAAUGUCAGGAUUCACCCAUCCCCCGCUCUGCCUGCCCAGCCACUCAAAUUAAUCUUUCCUUGCCUGAGACCAGUUGGGAGCACUGGAGUGCAGGGAGGAGAGGGGAAGGGUCAGGCUGGGCUGACAGGUUCUAGUCUCCUUUGCACUGAGGGCCAGACGAUCACCGUGAAAGGUGGGCCAUGGGAGGCUGAGAGCUCACUGCUCAAGAAGAUGCAGACACUCCUGCCUGCCGUGUAUAGAUGGAAGAUAUUUAUAUAUAUAUAUUUUUGGUUGUCAAUAUUACAUGCAGAUACAAACACUAAGUUAUACUAUAUCUGGACAGACCAACUUGUAAAUACAUCACUUUACUCCCUCUUGUCACUCACCCAAACAUGUAAAUGGCUGGUUUUUAGAAACGUGGUUUUGCAGUGCUUGUGGGUUGAGGGGAGGAGACUCUGGAAGUGCGAAAGAGACGCCUGUUGUGGUGCAUUGACACUUCUUGAUUUGCGCUCCAGUCCCAGGCACCUGAUCCACAGCCUAUGACUCAAAAGAUCCUUCUGGCCCUCCUCUCCACUGCCAGGAGAAAAUCUGAGUAUCUUGGCCAUCAAAGCAUCCUGUUUUUCCAUCAUAUACGACCAUCAGUGUUCAAACAACAUGAUGUUCUUUUGAUGCUUAAGCCUGAAUAUGCAUGUUUUGAGGUUUUUUUGUUGUUGUUGUUGUUGGGGUUUUUCUUGGGGCGGGGGGGGAGGGGGGUGCUUUUGUUUUUGUUGGCUUUUGACUUGCUCUUUUGGGCCAUACCUGACAGUGCUCAGGGGACCAUAUGGGAUGCCCAGAGAUUGAACCUGGGUCAGCUGCGUGUAAGGCAAAUGCCCUACCCGCUAUACUAUUGCUCCAGCACUGAAGACGCAUUGUUUUGUGAGACCCGUCUAUGCCUUGGACAGGCUCAAAGCUAGUCUCACAGCAAAUAUGCUAAAAUCCCUUGUUUUUAAGAGUUUUGUUUUUGGGUGGGGAGGGCACCCAUACCUUAGAGGUGCUUAGGGGAUAUUUCUGACUGCCCAAGACUCAUUCCAGGCAGUGCUUGGCAGACCAUAUGUGAUGCAAGGGAUCCAACCAGGGUCUGCUGCAUGCAAGGCAAGUGCCUUAACCCCUGUACUGUCUCUCCAGCCCCAAGUCCUUGCUUUUAACAAUGAUACUCCCCAAUCCCGACCCCCAUCUCCCAGCCCACCCACGUAAAAGCAAAAUAAACCACAUCCACUCCAUGAGCCCAA